CCGCCCGCGGCGACGCGACGGGAGCGUCCGCAGCGCCACAAAGGGAGGGCGGAAGUGGCCGCGCCGCAGUCUCCUCCUCUCGCGAGAGGCGCGUGCCCGCGGAGACGCCGGGAGCCGGCCCAGGCGGCAGUUUUUGGGUCCAUCAGCACUACAGGAAUGGCAGAUUUUGGGAUCUCAGCUGGCCAGGUCGUGGCAGUGGUCUGGGAUACGUCGUCCUCAGUGGAGGCUCUGAAAGAUCUGGUAGAAAAGCUGCAAGUGUUAACUGGCAAUGAGGGCCGCGUGUCUGUGGAAAACAUCAACCAGCUGUUGCAGUCUGCCCAUAAAGAAUCUAGUUUUGACACUGUCUUGUCGGGUAUAGUCCCGGGAAGUACCACCCUGCACAGUACGGAGACUCUGGCUGAGAUGGCCCGUAUACUUCGACCUGGCGGAUGUCUGUUUCUGAAGGAGCCAGUAGAGACAGCCCUAGUUAACAAUAGCAAAGUGAAGACAGCAUCUAAACUGUGUUCAGCCCUGACUCUUUCUGGUCUUGUGGAAGUAAAAGAGCUACAGCGGGAGCCAUUAAGCCCUGAGGAGAUGCAGUCCGUCCGAGACCACCUGGGACAUGAAAGCGACAGCCUGCUGUCUGUUCAGAUCACAGGCAAAAAGCCCAACUUUGAAGUGGGUUCUUCUAGUCAGCUUAAGCUUUCCACCGCCAAGAAGCCGUCUCCUUCAGUGAAGCCUGCUGUGGACCCUGCCGCUGCCAAGCUCUGGACCCUCUCAGCCAAUGACAUGGAGGACGACAGCAUGGAUCUCAUUGACUCAGAUGAGCUGCUGGAUCCAGAAGAUCUGAAGAAGCCAGAUCCGGCUUCCCUGCGGGCUCCUUCGUGUGGGGAAGGGAAAAAGAGGAAGGCCUGCAAGAACUGCACCUGUGGUCUUGCAGAAGAACUGGAAAAAGAAAAGUCGAGGGAACAGAAGAGCGCCCAGCCUAAGUCGGCCUGUGGAAAUUGCUACCUGGGCGACGCUUUCCGCUGUGCCAGCUGCCCCUACCUUGGGAUGCCGGCCUUCAAACCCGGGGAGCAGGUGCUUCUGAGCAACAGCAAUCUUCAGGAUGCCUAGGAGGGACCCGACGUGGGACGCCCCUGCUCCUCUGGCCAACUCCUGUCCCUGGAACUCCCCACUGUGGCUCCCACCACCUCCUCUGGACUGGCUCACUCUGUCUGGAAUCUGUGUGCAGGGUGGGUGCUCAUUAGACAGAGUGAAGCUGGCUAUGGGGUGCAGUGGGGGGCAGUGCUGCUAUGUAUCCAGAGACCAAGGUGAAUGGGCCUUGGUCACCUGGAAUAGGGGGACCGGUUUGUUCGCCUAGUGUUAUGAGAAGGGAGUGUGCCCUGCAGAAGCCCUUCUCCUGAUGUUACAGUGCUGACCAGGACACUCUUGAGCCCAGACACCCUGGAGUACUGACGCUCCGUGACAAAGCCCCGGGCCCCUGCCCCUGUUCCAAGCUCAGCAGUGCUGCCACCUGCUUGUCUUCCAGAGCUGGUGGGCUACUCAAUAUGCAGUUCUUGGUGACAGGAGUCGAGUGUCUCAUGACCUCAGAGCAUUAGAGGAGUUACUCACUGGCCGCUGUGAUUCUAUCCAGUGUCCCUCUGUGUCCUUCUGCUCCCACCCCCAUUUGAAUGUAGCGCUGCGUUUGUGUCCUGUUGUCAUUUCUAUUAACCUACAGGUAUUAAACUUGCAUCCUUCUGCA